AUGAACAAUAAUGAUGUUAUAUUGAUUAAAAAAUUACAAAAUGGGUUAGAAUUAUUUGCAUGUAGUUUAUAUAAUGUCACCAGUACCAAAAAAAAUUUUUUUGUGACAGAGCAACAUGACAAAUUGAUGAAAAAAAUAGUUAAAUUAGAUGAGGAUAAAGUCCUGGAACAAUUGGUAAUUAGAUUUGUAUCGGAAUGUAAAUCAAGUUACAGGGAAAUAAAAAAACAAAACAGUAUAUUAAAAUUACAAGAUGCUUUCAAAGAUUUUGAUGAUAAAAUAGAAACAGAUUACAUUGCUAAGAUGUCGAUAAAUAAUGGAAAACAACAAUUUAAACCAAAAUUUGUUGAAAAAAAGCCUCUAUCGUCAGCAUGGGUAACACCCGAAUUUACAUCUACAGAAGAGGCAACCAAAGAAUAUCAACAUCAUUUAUACAGUGGUAAUAAUAAUAAAUUAUCUUUUUUAAUGGUCUAUGAAAUUUCAAGAAUACUGAAACCAUUUGGACCAAUUAAACCCACUUUUUCCAUAUGGGAAUAUAUUAAAACAAACUGUGGCGGUAGUAACGGGUUUAAAUUAAAUGAGUACUUUAGAGUAAUUUGUCAACAGUAUUGUAAAAGUCAAAAUAUAAAUCCCUUUUUAGAAAUAAGUAGAUUGCUUCCACGAAAUCAAAAUGUUUGGAAGUUAUGGGAGGACGAACAAAUUGAUAUUUCUACUACUAAAUCAUCAUCGUCGUCGCCGUCGCAUAUACUAUAUAGUGCAAAGGUGGUUCCAUGCAAAGGAAAAUUGGUGAUACAUUUGAAUCCACCAAAAAUUGGAGUUUCCAAAAGAUACUAUAGACUAUAUUCCUCAAAUAGAUUUUUACACAUAAAAGUUGAAACAGACAAUUUCGAUGGAGAGCUUCAAUCUCAAUUAUUAUGUCCAUUAAAUUUGUUUGAGAGGAGGUACGAAUUUUUUUAUGCAAAAGAUAAGAUAUUCUAUUAUUUUGCAACACAUGGUAUAGACUUAGAACCAAAAUCACUAUGGGAAGUUAUCGACUUCAAUAUCCCAAUGGAGUUAAAUCAUGAUCUAACAAUUUCAAAGUUCUACUCCAGAGUAUCAUUAGGCCUUUCCAACACUAAACCAACAAUUGUUUUUCAACCGCAUGAGAUUCGAUAUAAUGUUGAUGACAUUAUAAAGAACGGUCAUUGCAUGACAGAUGGCUGUUCUGCAAUUUCAUUAGCAGCAAUGAAAAAAGUUGCCUUGAUGUUGGGAUACUUGGAAACACCGCCUGCAAUUCAAGGUAGAAUAGGAGGCUCUAAAGGUGUUUGGUAUUUAAAACCACAAGAAGGUCAUGAUAAUGAUAAUGGUGUAUGGAUCGAGCUUCGGGAAAGUCAGAUAAAAUAUCAAUUGAGGCCUCACAGGGUUGGAAAUGAUGAACAUUUAAGGACUUUGGAAGUUAUUAAUGUCGUAAAAUCUCCAAAAACACCAGGUUUACUAAACAUACAAUUUAUUAGGGUAUUAGAAAAUGGAGGUUUAAGUGCAAACGUUUUCAUACAGAUAGUUAAAGAAAACAUAUCAAGAAUAAAAGAGAAAGUGAUUGGUAAUGAAAAUCGACAUGAACUGAUAUCUUGGCUGCAUGAUGUUGGUAAUAUAACUAAGAGAAGGAUAAAUGAAAAAUACAUGUAUAAUGAUGAUGAUAUAUCACCAGAAAUAACUAACCAAGAGGAUUUUACAAAUUUUGAGACAGAGCUAAAAGAACUUUCAGGGGUGCCUGAGUCGAAUUAUGAACAAUGUAUUCAACUUCUCAGUGCUGGUUUUACCCCAUCCAGUUGUGCAUUCCUUGCAAAAAAAUUGACAGAUGUUUUAAUUUAUACUUUAAGUCCGUUAAUAAAUAAGUAUAAGAUUGAAGUUCCAUUAUCAAGAACGUUGAUUUGCAUAGCUGAUCCUAGUGGUACAUUACAGCCGGGUGAAAUAUUUAUUCAGUUGGAUAAGUAUGCAGGUAUAGAUCCUAGAACCGGCCUACCUUUUGGUGUGAUCGAAGGAUAUGUGAUUUUGGCAAGGAAUCCAUGUUUGCUUCCAUCAGACAUUAUAAAGGUUAAGGCUGUCAAGAAUCAAUACCUGAAAAAUUAUUACAAUUUGGUAAUAUUCCCAAUAAAUGUUAAACCAGGAGAAGGUUCCUUAGCAAAUCAUUUGAGCGGUGGUGAUUAUGACGGAGAUAAGGAAGCAUUUGAGAAAAAUAAUAUUAGAUUACAAGAUGUGUUAUCUCGUUAUAAACAACCGUCUACUAGAGCCAGGAAAUUACAAGAGGUCAUCCUUUAUAUUUAUUUAUCAGAUCCUCCGCUUGGGUUGUACGAUUGGUUUCACCGAUUGCAUUCAAAUAAAUAUGGAUUAUCGAAUCCAAGAUCCAUAUACUUUGCACAAAUGUGUGCACAACUUGUUGACGCUACAAAGCAAGGAUUAAAAAUCAAACAGGAUGUUUUAAAAAUUGACAAAGAAAGUGUUUUUCAACUUCCAAUACCCAAAUGGAUGGGGAAAGGUGAUUUAAUUAAAAAUGAAAAAAAGAGAAAUUUAAAUGUGGAAAAGAGAGAAGGCGACGAGAAGAUGAGGGAGGGGGAGCAAGAAGAAAAUAAUGAUAAAAUGUUGAAUGAAAUUAAAAAAAGUGUGAUGGAUAUUUUAUAUAUAUCUGUUGAAAAUGAAAAAAAAGUGCUUGGAAAUGAAAGUUUCACUGUAGCAAAUAACCAAUCAGAAACCCUCGAUUCACAUAUUAGAUUGUUUUGGCUCCAUGAAAUGGAGCUUGCAAAUAAAAUUGAAGAUGAUGGUGCAUAUAAAUCAGAUUUAUUAUUGAUUGGAAAUUUUACACACAAAUUAGUACAAGAUUAUAACACUAGAUAUUAUGACAAAAUUAAAAAGAAAAACGAGGCUGAAAUGAUGGCAAAAACAUCAUCAACGACAACAUCAAUUGAGACAACCCCUGAAAGAAAAAAAUCAACAUCAUCAAUAAAGAAUAAAACAACAUCUAAAUUAUUUAAUGACAAAAGGGUCGAAAAAGACCAUAGCAUUGAAUAUGAAUUUCUACAUAAAUUUAUGAUGAAUCCACCUGUUGUUCAAUACAAAAGCAACCGACUAAAAUAUAUUAGCCGAGUAAAUUUUUGGGAUCCACAUGUGCUUUUUGAAUUGCAACUGAAAUCAAGUGCAUUAUAUAUGAAUUCAUUUCUUAAGAAGGAUACAGGCCAAUGUUGUUGGAUGUUGGCGUUCAGGACUUUGUGUAAUAUUAAAGCUAUGAUGAUGGAAUUUGAACAAUCAUCGGUAUUAGACGAUUGGUUUCACCGAUUGCAUUCAAAUAAAUAUGGAUUAUCGAAUCCAAGAUCCAUAUACUUUGCACAAAUGUGUGCACAACUUGUUGACGCUACAAAGCAAGGAUUAAAAAUCAAACAGGAUGUUUUAAAAAUUGACAAAGAAAGUGUUUUUCAACUUCCAAUACCCAAAUGGAUGGGGAAAGGUGAUUUAAUUAAAAAUGAAAAAAAGAGAAAUUUAAAUGUGGAAAAGAGAGAAGGCGACGAGAAGAUGAGGGAGGGGGAGCAAGAAGAAAAUAAUGAUAAAAUGUUGAAUGAAAUUAAAAAAAGUGUGAUGGAUAUUUUAUAUAUAUCUGUUGAAAAUGAAAAAAAAGUGCUUGGAAAUGAAAGUUUCACUGUAGCAAAUAACCAAUCAGAAACCCUCGAUUCACAUAUUAGAUUGUUUUGGCUCCAUGAAAUGGAGCUUGCAAAUAAAAUUGAAGAUGAUGGUGCAUAUAAAUCAGAUUUAUUAUUGAUUGGAAAUUUUACACACAAAUUAGUACAAGAUUAUAACACUGAUAUUAUGGAUGAACCAUGUGCAGAUAAAUAA